UGCGUUCAUCAUGUGUCACUCUCGCAGCUCCUUCCCGACCAUGACCGUGCUGCCAUCACCGACCCCCGUCCCCGCCAACAGCCCGGCACCUCGACGGGGCUCGGGCCCCGAGAUCUUCACCUUCGACCCUCUCCCGGAGCGGGCCGUGGCCCCCGCCGCGCGUCCCAGCAUCUCGCGCGCGCACCGAAAGCGCAGCCGCAGGGUCCUCUACCCACGGGUGGUCCGGCGCCAGCUGCCCGUCGAGGAUCCCAACCCUGCCAAACGGCUUCUCUUUAUCCUGCUCGCUGUUGUCUUCUGCCAGAUCCUCAUGGCCGAAGAGGGUGUCCCGGUGACGCUGGCCGGGGAAGACGCCCCCAGCACCGUGUCCCCAGCGCCCACCCCAGCGCCCCCAGUCAUCGAGUCUUUUAACCUGACUUCAGAGCCCUCAGACUACUCUGUAGACCUCAGCGCUUUACUCCAGCAGCACCCGGCCGCCUUCUAACAGAGACUCCUCAUACCUCCCCGAAAAGAAUCUGAAAACCAGUGUGCCCGGUGCGCGCAAGCGUAUCCCGCGCUGGAACGCCGGGGCAACUCGAGUUCAGCCAACACUACAUACAGCCGGUGCCCGAGUGCGAACCAGAGGGCCGCCGGGGUGCGAAGACAGCGGCAUUAAUUUAUUUCUCAUAGCUCCUAAUAUUUAUGUGUAUUUAUGCACAUCCCCUAGGUGACGGAGGGGUGUAUGUAAUAUUUAUUUUAACUUAUGCAAGGGUGCCAGAUGUGUCCCCCUCUGCUCAUGAAGAUUACGUGGUAUUUAUUGAGCUUUUGUGGGAUGGGUGGAGGGAAAGGACCAGGGUCCGGGAGAAAAAAAGUUCGGUGGCGGGUCUUGGGUUUGGGGGAGGUGACACUCAGAUCUCAGUUCCGCCGAUACACUGCGUGAGGCUUCGGCGGAUCACUGGGGAACAAGGUCCUGUCCAUGGAGCCCCUCGAAGACGCCCCCAAGUGGUGGCUGCGGAAUCGCGGGUCGGUGGACUGU